AUGGGAAGAAGACCUCGAGCCCCAAAGCACCUUCUUAGCGCAGAGGAUGCCCCACUGGGAACCUUUGCUGUAAUUGAUCCCUUUAGCAGAAUGCUCUUUGUUCCACAGGCUUCCAUGUGUGAUACGCACGCAAUGCACAGGCCAGGGGUGCCGUCCCUGUGUCGGCUUCACAUGGAGGGCCGCUGCCGUCAAGGAAUGUCUUGUUACCAGGCGCAUGCUGACGUCACUGUCGUCAAUCAGCUCCGCAUGGCUGCGCUACGGGAACCGACGUGUUGUGCAACUCAUGGCGCGAGAAGUGACGCUGAAGGUAUCGCAACUAAUUUGGCAAUUAUUGUAGUUGGGAACGACGACCCUGAGGAACUCCAGAGAACAACGUUAGCGCACAUAGCUGUGACUAAAGGAUUUAGAAUCCUCCUUCAAAAGCAGGCUGCUGAGGGCGGAGUGGCUGAGUCAAACGCUGUUACGGUGAUAGUGGACUCGCUUUGUCGUCUACAUUACUCGGGCCCCUGUUGUCGUUUUGGUCAUGAGUGUAAUUAUGUUCAUUUGUGUCGCGAGCUUGUCGCAGAAAUACACAAGCGAAGAAAUGAGAAGAAAUCCGAGCCCCCCAAUCGAGAUGAGGCACCGCAGCCAACACAACCGUCCCCCACUGGAGCCCUCACCACCUGCUACUCACCCCCGCGUUCGAACACCAAACUUUUAACACUGGGGCCGGAAGCGGAAUGUUCUAUAGGUGUCAGUCCAGUUCAAUUCUUUUCAUGUAGCGGCAAUUUUUUAACUCGGCCGAUGGCAACUGGAACGGUGUCACUAUCGGGUUCCCCCAAACUAGGCACUUCCCCAGUAUUGUCCCGCUCCUACAAUUCGACAUCGUUUGGCAUUGUAUGGCGGCACAAUCCGUAUGGAGGGGGUUCAUCUGCUUCUUCUGUGGUUGAGACGUGA